AUGUGUUCGACAACAUCUUCUGAAGAAAUUGAAAAUACGCAUUUACUAAAUGUACUUAAUUGGUCACAAUUAGAAAAUUUAACUAUGAGUAAAUCAACAAUGACGGAAGGAACAACAGUAAAAGAUGAAAAUGAAUUAAAAACAAAAAAUGUUUAUAAUACUGUACAAUUUUCAAUUGAAUUACAGAAGAAAAUGUUAAAUCUAAAAUCCAUGUUUAUCGAUCCAUCUGGUCGUCUAGUUAACUAUUAUCAAUUACGUACAAGUAAUAUUUAUAAUGAUUUAUGCGAAAUAACGAAACAUUUGACAACAAUUAGUCUUGACAAUGUCACAGAAAAUGAACGUAAAACAUUAUUUAUCAAUCUUUACAAUGUAUUAACAAUUCAUGGCAUUGUAUCAUUAACUGAUAUUCCAAAAUCUGUUCUUGAUUUAAAUCAAUUUUGGAAAACAACAUCAUAUAAAGUUGGUGCACAUAUUUAUUCAUUAGAUGAUAUUGAACAUGGCAUUUUACGAGGUAAUAAACCGCAUUCCUAUUGUACUCAACGGCACUUUACAUUUAAUGAUCCUCGUGCAAAAUAUUCCAUGCGUCGUUGUGAUCCACGUAUCCAUUUUACCAUUAAUCGUGGUGCACGUUCAUGUCCACAAAUAGCUAUUUAUUCAUCAACCAAUAUCGAAAAAGCUUUAAAUAUGGCAACAACAUCUUAUUGUAAUUCAGAAGUUGAUAUUAUACCAGAAAAUAAUGAAAUUCGUUUACCGAAAUUGUUUCUUUGGUAUAGAAAUGAUUUCGGUCGAUCAGAGAAUGAUGUUUUAAGAUGGAUAACAAAAUAUAUUGAUGAGCCAAAACAAUCAUUACUUAAAAUAUUACUUGAUCGGCAAGCUACAAAGGAUAAAUUACAUAUAUCAUAUAAGAUAUAUAAUUGGAUGUUAAAUCAUCAUAAUAAUCUACUAUCAAAUACAAAUGACAUCGCUAAAUAA